AUGUUUAAGCGUAAGAAGCAACCUGCGCCUCAAACAAGGCCUCCACCACUGCCUCCACCGCCACCAAACGUUGUGCAUCGCAAAGGCAUACCCAAGCUCACUGUUAGCGAGUGCUUGCAGCAGGCGCAAGGGGCUCUGCAGAAACUGCGGACAAUUAACCCAGGGGACCUGCAAGCAUUUCCACUACUAAAUGAGAUACAGCGUCUUGGUACGUGCCAAAUCUUAGACCUGGAGGACGAAUUUCGAGAGCUGGCAGAUGUAGUGGUGUCUCGGGCGGACGCCGCGUCAAAGCCAGAGCCUCGGCAAGCGUCCCCCGCCAACCUCAACUCUGGUGCGGGUGGCCGCUCUUCCAUGCCACCCUCGCUUCUUCCACCGAGCAAUAGCGGCAGGGUCCAGCAGGCGGUAGCUCUGUUCUCUCGACAGGAGGGCUUCACCACCGGCAACCAGGCCGCCGGGCCGCGACGCGUACAGACGACAUACCAGCAGCAGCGACAGCAGCAUCAACAGCAACAACAGCAGUACACGCAACAGCAGCAACAGCAGACUGUCGAGCAUGUGCAUCCACAGGCCGUCAGCUCGGCCGCAUCUACCCCAGCACGGAGCGACUCGUCUUUCAUGUACCUGACCGAUGAGGAACGGGAGAUGCUGGCGCAAAAGCAGCAGGCUUUGCUGCAGAAACAUUUCACGUUCCUGGCGCAACAACGUGAAGCCGCGGCACAGGGUCAUGGGGCGGCAGCCCAAAGCACAGUUAUGGUGUCGGCGCAGCAGAUAGGCCCUGCUGGCUUACAGUUGCAGCAGCAACAGCAACAACAGCACGGCGUGUUUGUACACCAGCAACACACCCAGACGUCACUGUAUCACGAUCCUGGGCACCGGGCCCUGCCGUCGGAGGUAAUGGCCCAAACCGGCGCUGCGGAUGCCAUGCAGUCGCCAGGGUGGUCCACGAAUAGCGCCCAGGGCUCCACAACAGCCCAUGGCCAGAGGCAACGGGGCAUAUUUUCGGAACAGGGCAUGGAUGCAGCGGGGCAGCAGGCUGCGCAUGAGCAGGACCAGGCCAUCGGAGGAGGGGACAAUGAGGAUGACUUGUUUAGUGGCCUGGAAGUCGUGGCAACGGACGAGCAACAAUUGUUACCGCCGCAGCAGCAGCAGGGUGGUGUAGCGCCUUUCGAGCAGGGGAAUGCGCCGACCAGCAACGGCAUGCCUGGACAGUCAUCGCAGCUGCAGCAGAGGAUGCCACUGCAAGAAAGGCCACAAGAUCAAGGAAUCCCCGAGCAGAUACAAUAUCAGCAUUAUCCGGUGCAACAAGCCGCGCAGCCGCUGCAGCCGCAAGCGCAGGCACCCCUGCGUCAGCAAUCCGCCUCGGUGCAGGGAUAUUACCAGCACAACGCGCAUGCGGCUGCGGGAAUGAGGCCCAAUGUCGCUGGUGUGCUUGCGUCGCCCUCCUGGCGAGGGGUGCCUGUCGGUGGGGUACCAGGUCAGUUGUCCCCUUUCUCCCAGGCCACAGCAGACGCAGCACCGGGACCAGGAGCUGCCCCUUUAUCACCGGUGUCCAUCGCCAGUGAAGCCACCGGCUCGGUGUCGUACCCCGCCCGCAAGAAGACUACGCAUGUAAAACUUGGUUAUGGUAUUGGGGAAGAGGCAAACAGCCAGGUUGCGCAGCAGCAGGCCGGGCCCGUCAUUACCGUAGCUACUCAUACAGGGCCGCGAGAGUGGGCAGGGAGCAUUGCAGCUGAAGCAUCAGGAGCCUCGGGAAGCGCAGCUGCUGGGGCAAGAGUUGCUGCUGAGGGAUUUCAGCAACAGCAGCAGCAUGCGCAAACUGUCGGCUACCCACAGCAGGGUGAGCCUGUUAUGCACCAGGCAGCAUGGUCACAAGAACAGCAGCUCCAGCAGCAAGCAGUGCUCCCGCAGCGACUGGCAUCGCGUGUAGAGUUCGGUCUGCAACAACAACAACAGCAUUUAUCUAGACCUGCAACGCCGGGUUAUGUCCAUCAUUCCUCAGCCUCUGCUGCGGCUAGCGAGCAAGGCAUGGCGGUUGCUGUAGCCCCGCCAGAAGCCACGCAGUACGGGCAGCAGUAUGGACAGCAUUAUAAGCACCUUCUGCCUUUUCAGCAACAGUACCUUGUGCAGCAGCAGCAGCAAGAACAAGAGUACUACGCUCAGCAGCAGGAACAGCGGGAGCAACGCUUGCAGCAGCAGGAGCAACAACAGCUAUUCCUGCAACAACAGUAUUUGCAGCAGCAGCAGGAACAGCAACAGCAGCAGCCACCGAGUCCGCACAGGGCGCCGCACACAGACACCGUUCGUUACCCGCACGUCAAGCCGCAAGACCCGGCGCAACAGCUACCGCAUCAACAGCCGCAGACAAGUGCAUAUCCUGUACCGGAAACCAGUGCUGGGCGCUACCCGCAAACCUUGUUAGCCGAGUCGGCACAUGCGCAAGCACACCAACUGCUGCUGCAACAACAGCGACAGCAAAUCUUGCAGCGGGAAAUGCAGCCUGCCCCGCAUGUGCAGCGCGUGCAUGAUCUAGUUCCGCCUUGGCCGCGGCCCGAUCCAGAGACACGGUGGCUUGCACAGGCUGAAGACGAGGCGCCAGCACAGGCGUACAUCCCAGCAGCGCUAGAAGAGGAGCCGCGCACGCAGGCUCAGCCGAGUUCUUUUAUCUCAGCUUUCCUGCAGCAGGCGCAAAUCGCAUCGGAGCGUGGCGGCGCCUUGGCCGGCGGCUCCAUGCUGCGGUCCACAGCUGCCGUUGCUGCAGCCGCCUUAUCACCCGUUGUACCUGCAGCUGCGAACCCUUUGGCUACGGGCUCUGUGUCGACGCCUGUGCGAGUCGCAAACACAGCUGUCGCACUGCAGCAGCCGCAGUACAUUAGCCUGGCUGACGCCAGCGCGGAUACGCCCGUGGCCACAGGAACCCCUGCUGCUGCCGCCAACAUGGCGCCGGCACCAUCCUUGCCCACCUCUGUUGGCGCCCUUCGAACGCGCUCCCGCGGCGGCGGCGGCGGCGGCUUUAGCAGCGGCGGGCUGGGGCCCGACCCGGCCUCAUCGUUGCCUGCCCUAUCGUCACUUCCCAGCCUGGACGAUCUUGAGUCUUACCUUAACAACAUCACUGGUCCUGUAGACGCCUGCCGGAGCGCCGCGGAGCAGCGGGCUAGGGAGAUGGUCUCGGCUCUGGCGGCUGCGUUGUGCCAGGCGCAAAAGGUGGAGGCGAGUUUGCAACAGCAGCGGCGGGCGAUGAAGGCUGCGCUGGCGGGUGUCAUGGCGAGCAUCACGCAGCUUGAGUCGGACCAGGCAAUCGCGGUGGAGGGUGAGGACUUCGACACUGCGGCGGCUUUGGACGAGCAGCUCACCCAGCUGUCGUAUCGGCGCGCCAACAUGGACGACCAGGUACGGCUGUUGGCGGAUGGACUCCAGCGGGCGGCGACGUUGCGGCUGCAGGUGCUGGGCCGGCAGGUGGAGGUGUGGCGCAUCACCGGGGCCUACCUUGCACGGCUGCAGAGUGGCCAACAGCAGAUGGCGGCGACGCUAGCGUCCCAGGCGGACAGGGAGGCGCAGGCGGCCGCCAUGUUGCACCGCGCUGCGCAGGAGGCACUGGUGCAGCGCCGUGCUGCUUUGGAGGAGCGGACUGCCGAGCUGGAUGCAGCGUCCGCGGAGGUGGCAUCGCAGGUGGCGGCGGCGACGGCGCCCGCGGAGGCGGAGCGGCAGCGGAGGGCAAACACCAGGGACGCGCUGCAGGCCGAAGUAGAGUCGCUGCGAGCACUGCUGACGGCCAAGGAGGCGGCGCUGGCGACGGCUGAGGCUGCCGUGGCGGAAGCUGUGGACGUGGUACGGCAGCAGGCCGCUGCAUUUGAUGCGGACCUGGCUCGCCUGGAGGAAGCGCGUAGGCAGCUGGAAACGGAGGCAGCGCAGGUGGCAAGCCAUGAGCAGGCCUUACAGGACAGCGAGCGCCAGGCCGAGGCGCGUGCGGCCGCCGUGGAGGAGCAUCAAUCGCAGCUGCGGCUGCAGGCCGACGCGCUAGGGACAGCAGCAGAGGCGAUGCGGUCGGAGGAGGAGGCGCUGGCACAGCGGGUGGCGGCAGAGGCCCGUAGCCAGGAGCAGCGCGAGCGGCUGCUGCAGGCGGACGAGAAGGCGCGGGAGGACCUCAAGGGCCUUGAGAAGUGCAUAUCUGACUUGAGCGCAGACUUGUCCCGGCUGGCGGAGCAGCGCGGCCGGCUAGCGGGUGAACGGACGGCCGCGCAGGAAAGCCUGGCUGGUCUGCAGCGGGCGUUACCUGAGCUGGAGGCAGCGAAGCGAGCAGCGGCGGCAAAUAAGGACUUCCGCGAGGCUGCGCGGUUGUCUGGGGAGCUGCGAGCGCUGUCCGCGCAGGCCGACGUCGCAGCAGCCCAGCUAGCGCGUGUGUCAAGUGCCAUGACAGAGCUGGCGGCGGUGGAGGGCAGCAAGGUUUCAGAGCUGGAGGAGCUGAGGGCCAUGGUGCACGAGGCGCAACGAAACGCUGCGGAGGCGCACCACAGGUACCUGGUGUUCAGUCUGGGUCUGAGCCGCGCCGCGCUCGAGGCGGCCGCGGGCGCGGAGCUGUACGAAGAGGCGGGCGCGUUGCAGGUGGAGGUAGCUGCGGAGGAGGCGGAAGUGCUGACGCUGGAGCGCACCUGGGGCUUCACCCGGCCGCAGCCGCCUGCCGCCACUGCCCGCAGGCGCACCUCCGUGGAGGCAUCGGCAGGUGCUUCCAUGGCCGCAGCCUCAUCCGCGGGCGCAGCUGCGGCCACGCACUUGGCCCCGUACUCACAGCCCCAGGGGCAGUUCUCCCGUCAGUCAUUCAGUACGCUAUCCGCCCAGUCGUCGCGCUCGUUGUCCUCGCAACUGCCUGCUGUGGCUGGGCCCGGGCCGAGGCCGCCCAUUCCCGCACCGGCCGGAAGCGGUGGUAACCCCGGAUUGCUGAACCCUGGCGCGAUGAGCCCGACGGUCCCUGCUGCCACCUUGCAGCGGCCGCAGUACCACCUGCACGCCCAGUUGCACACACCGCCGCAGCCAAACUCCUUUCCGCCGCACGUCCAGCAGCAUCCUCAGCCGCAAUCGCAGUUGCAGUUGCAGCAGUUACCGGGUAGCUCUUGGGCCAAGCGCAGCGGAAGCGGCAAUGGGGGUGACGACGGCUGCACCAGCGGAUCGGAGCUCAUGGCCGUCGCCGGGGCAUUGCCUUCGCCGCCGGUUUCUCACGUACCGGUCUCCCCUCUCAAGUGCGUCGCACCACCGCUACCGCUACCACCACCCGUUACAACACCGCCUCCAGGCGUGCCCGCAUCGAUGCAUCCGCUGUAUGGGGCGACGCCUGCGGUCCCUGACCCACGGGUCGUGACAACGGGUGCCAGCCCGGUGUACGAUAAUGUCUAUGGUGCCGCGUCCUCGUACGGCACAGGCAGCCCGUCAUCCCUUGAUGGCGAGCCCCCGGUCCCGGCCCCGCUGCCCCCGUCGCCGCUGCGUCCUAGCUACAUACCUCCUGUCCAUGUCACAGCGGUGCAGCCGGCCGAGCUGGGGGCAGGGUAUGAUGACAAUGACCGGAAGCUGCACGCCGAGGAGACGACUCAACGUGGGACGGCUGCGGAGGCGUCCUCUUUGUCCGCUGCAAAUGGACCUGCUCAAAGCCAUCAACCUGCUGGUGUGACUGCCGUACAAAGCAGUGUCGCUUCGUCCGCCGCUGCCGCGGCCACUAUUACGGCCCGCGAGCGAUCUGGGUUAGAGGCGACGCAGCCGUGUGCCGUGGCGGCGGCUGAGGCCGCCCCGGUUUCCGCCAUUGCUCCCCUGGGCCCCGCCGAUCCGCAUGGCCGAGGUGACGCUCAGGAAUGGAGUCAGGGGAUUGCAGACACGGCAGGUGACGACGACACAGAGGCGGGGGGGGUGGCUGCCGCAGACGGGGACGCGGCCACUGAAGCUGCACGGCGUGUCAAGCAACAGUACGGAGGGGAAACGGGUCCGCGGCAUGGUGGCCCACAGGAAGAAGUGGCAUCUAGCUCUUCAACCUGCUCACGAGGAGGAGCGGACGCAUCGGCACCGACACCGACGCAGUCGGUGGAAGCGGCGGUGACCAAGAGCGACGGUGGCGGAGAAGCAUCCUCCGCGGCUCCUUCCCAGGCUCAGGGGCUUGCAACGAGGCCGGCGGCAGCGGCGGCCUCGGCCCCGGCGGCGGCGGCAGCGGCACCCGGGCAGGAGAAAUCUGAAGUGGAAUAG